ACAGUCAACGUAGAGUGCUCGUUGAAGAAAACGCAUCUCACAUCAUCAUCAUCACUAUCAUCGUCAUUGUCAUUCUCAUCUCUAACGUCUAAGCGAGACUAUUUUAUCGGAAUCUACGGAUUUUGUUUAUUAACUCAUUUGAACAUAAAAAUGAGACAUACGGCCCACCGUUACUGUUAUUUUAUUUUGGUGAUCGCGGUUGCUGCCUCCGCGAGAUCAACGGACACCAACUCCAAGAGCAACUCGAUCGACGAUCAGACGGGACGGUCGUCGGCCGCAAACGGCCUUCUUGGUGAAUUGCGCUACGUUUACCAAAUCUACAAAGAAUGCUCGGGAGACGAGAUGAGCUCUUGCUUGAAACUCAGACUUAUCACUGCAAUGGACCGCGUGUCACGAAGUGCGCAGCUCAAUAUCGCUGAGGGCGUCACGGUUGUAAGGGACGAAAACAGCCCGAGGGAUAAAAUUGAAGAAGCGCCAAAAACACCUCAGGAAAUUGAGGCUUCGCUCCCACGUGCACUUGAAGACAAAGAGGAUGCGCUCAAUUCCAUGAUUUUUGAUAAAUUUGUUAGAUUUUUCCAGAGUCAUACUCUUAAACUAAAGCUCCCUAAUGUUGAAGAAUUGUCGAGGAGUCUCACCGAAGAAGGUCGUGGCAAAAAGAAGAAGGGCAUGGGAGGUCUUUUGGCCAUUCCUCUGUUGAUCGGGGGUACUUUGGUCCCUCUCGCCCUCGGUGCCUUGGCUCUAUUGGCCGGUAAGGCGUUGAUCGUCAGUAAACUCGCACUGGUGCUGGCGUCAAUUAUCGGACUGAAGAAACUCGUUUCUAGCCACGAGGGCGGCCAUGAAGUCGUCCAAGUUGGUCACGGUGGAAGCGGAUGGGCAAGAUCCUCCGCAGCUCAAGACCUCGCUUACUCGGCUUACAAACCGGGUUCCUCAUCAUAAAACUCACACUAACCGACACUAAAACUCAUCCAUGAGCAGCAUCAACUCCCAUUAGACACAAUCCUGUUACUUUUUCUACUAAAAAACGGCGGGUUUUUUUAACCAAAAAAAAUCCGCCCACGCACUGUGAUUUUUUUUUUUUUAUUUUUAUUUUCUUACAAUU